AUGGUCGCCGACGCUGUCGUCGCUGCAGUAACAAAAACAAUCUCCCACACCACCUCAGCGAAGAUGGCGCCGACGCAUUCGUCGCCACUGUACACCAAGACCACAAUUUUUAUUGAUAUUCUAACUACAACUAUCGCCACCUUCGUCUUACUUUUCACUGUUGCAGAUAUCCAUCUUAUCAAGAACCCACUACCAUCACGACUCGCCAUCAUCGCUGCAAAUCCUUGUCAACUUUUUCCUACCGCCAUACUGUCACGUCCCAUCCAUUUCCAACGAAUCUCUCCCUCUGCCGUUCCCAUUGACGCUGCUACUCUCAUAUCACUAACAUUCACUAAUAUCCUCACAUUUCUACUGCUGAUAGCUACAAUAGCUAAAAGGGAUUUUUCUUCUUUUUCUGAUAUUUCUUUUCUAUCGUUUUUUUUUUUCUGUUCUUUUAUUUCUUCUUUAUUUAAGUUUUCUCUCAUUGUUUCCUUUUGUUUUCUUUCUUUAUUAUUUACUUCAUUUCCUUUUCUUUUACUCUCUUUCUUUCAUUCUCUUCAUCUGCUCCGUCUAGAUAAUCUCUCUCUCUUCUCUCUCUCUCUCUCCUCUCUCUCUCUCUCUUGA